AUGUGUGGGGCCCCCCACACCUACCUCUCCCUGGGCUUCUCCUUCCACCAGGAAGCGGUGGCCCUGAAGGGCGUGGGCCACUUCUUCCCCAAGUUGGCUGAGAAGUGGGAGGGCACUGAGUGUCUCUUAAAGAUGCAGAACCAGUGCAGUGGCCACAUUCUCUUCCAGGGCAAGCUGAAGUCACCCAAGAUGAGUGGGGUGAAACUCAGGAGAAGAACCUGGACCAGGUCCUGGGCUCUACUGUGCAGACCCUCAUCUCUGCGACUUCCUGUGAGCCACUUCCUGGAUGAGGAAGUGAAACUCAUCAAGAAGGUGGGCAACUGGCUGACUAACCUCCGCAGGCCAUGGCCCCCAGGCUGGGCUGGGCAAGUGUCUCUUCCGAAAGGCUCACCCUCGAGCACGACUAGGAAGGAGCCUUUGGAGUCCAGAGGCCUUUGA